AUGGCAUUUACCGCAUCUACGAAGUGCCAGUGUCUCCCCUCCGACUUUGUGCAGCCUGGAAAGGGCUGCAAAGGGCCCGAUGCUUGUGGAGGUCCAGGGAGCGCUGGUGUCGGCGACUACUGCGAAAAGUGCACUUACUUCAAACAGCUCUCCAACGAAACCGGGCUCUUUAUCGCGACUCAAAGGACCGUCGUAAGGCCCCCCGCCACCCAACCAAACCCGCCGGUACCCCCCCUAGCCCAGAGCUACGCCGAGCAGUCGAGCGAACUGUAUCACAACCCGGGCAGCCAUUCAUACCCGCCGAUAGCUCCAUCCCAGAGCCGCGCGGAGCAGUCGAGCGAACCGUACGGCAACCCGGGCAGUCACUCAUACCCACCCAUAGCCCCAGCCCACACCGGCAGCUACGCCGAGCCGUCGGGUGAACCAUACCGUGACCCGGCCAACCAUUCCUACCCGUCGCCGGCCACCGUCACGACCCCCGCAGAGGCAAAUUACCUCCAAGCGGCAAAUACUUCCAGCCCGUCUCUCGCUUCCAGUAGUCCUGCCGCAGAGCUUUUAACUCACCCCCCAUGUGCUUGCCAGCUGGGCUGGCCAUGCAACGCUGGUGGGCUUUGCGAGGAGACCAUAUUUCUGGAGGGUGACUGGUGCGGAAUGUGCACGCUUCUCGACUGCAACCAGUGA